CUAGUUCAAUUUUUUGUCGUUCACUGGGUGUACAACUUGUAGUUCAUUUCUCUUUCUGCCCGCGUUCGAAACAGGUUUUUCUUUCCGAAAAUGAAAGUGCUGUCUUCUUUGCGCGUACGCGUCUUUAUGCACCAGCAAUGGCGCCCAGCGCUGUCACGAACACGAUCACGAAUAGCCGAAACCGAAAAACAAGCACUAGCUGUGGUGGAGAGGACGUCAUCUAGCUUCCCCUUGUUGUCCACAUUGAAAUCGGAACUGAAAACACCUCUGGUCUUCUCGCAAAAAGUGCGGCACAGCAGCACGAGUCGGAACUUUUUAUGGCAGCUACCUCCCGAAGAGCGUGCCGGGCAUGUGAAAUUAUUGGUGUGCGACAUGGCUGGCACCACCAUCGAUGAGGGCGGUCUGGUUUACACAACGCUGCAGAAGGUAAUGAACGACGCAGGUCUUGAGGUGUCAAACGAAGAAAUGCUCCCGUGGCACGGGGCACAGAAGACCGAAGUCGUCGCCCAUUUCGUGCAAGAUCGCCUGCUGGUGGACCGCCGAACAGUGUCUUCCGCUACCAGAACAGGAGCGGAGAUAAAGGGUGCUGCUGCUCCACUGAACAGAAAACUAAGCGGCAAGGACGGCAGCAGUGAUUCUGGCUCGUACUACAGCUUCCGACCAUGGUCGUCGAAAUAUCGAGAGCAGGACGGCACUAGUACGCCACCACCGGGAGCUACUACUAGUAAGAACGCCUCGUCCUCUCCGCCAGGAGGCCAUCAGCACCUGGAGGCUUUGUUUUCCGACCCGAACCUCGGUGACAAGAAGAAGCUCGCUGCGUUUCUCGCCGACAAGAUUGAUCAGCAGUUCGAGACUGAGAUUGCCGACGCCUACUUCCAACCCGAUUCGCCUGUGCGGCUGAUUGACGACAAGCUGUUGGAUUCAUUUGCGAAUCUGCGGAGCGCCGGACUGAAAAUCGCACUGAAUACUGGGUACCCGGCGCAGAUUCAACAGAAGCUGAUCGAGAAGCUGCGCCUCGGGAAUCACAUCGACACAGCGGUGUGUGCGGGUGAUGUGCCGAAGGGCCGGCCCUAUCCCUACAUGACACAGCUUGCGAUGCAGCAGCUGGGGAUUCUCGACGUGGCAACAGUAGCGAAGGCCGGCGAUACAGCGCGUGAUGUCGAGGAGGGGCUGAACUGUGGCUGCGGCCUGGCCAUCGGCGUCCUGUCGGGAGCAGGGCAAGAGCCGGGGUUGCGAGCGGCGGGAGCUGAUUUGGUGCUUGAAAACGUUUGCGAAUUUGAAAAACUUGUUUCUCCGACUAAGAAAACCAAAGCGGGCUACUUAGUUUUCGAACGUAAAUCGAAAAAAGAUUCAUGUCAAGUGUAGUGUAUCACCAUGCAAUCCCAAUCCAGUUUUUUUACUUUUUCAAUAUUGAGACGCGACCGGUUCAUUGACUCACAGCCUAGUACGGUGAAAGAAGAGCAGGACAUCGCCGAAAUCGAUUUGCUUCGUAGGCUAAGUGGUUGCAGCAUCAGCAGCACGACCAUAGAUAAGUAUUGCAUAUUGAUAUCAUUUAUGUUAGUGCAUUCUCACUCGCUAUAGUACUCUUUUGCCCUGGACCUUCGCGGUACCUGCAUGAUUCAUGUUGAUGUUGUAAAAGAUUCGCAGCCAGCUCCAGCACGCGCUGAGAAGAAAAGGACAGCUUUACUGCCGAAGUCCGUUGGAGUGGUUGAGACCAUACCGUGAUACACGACCUGGACAGCUACAGUCUGUUUUUGCGAAAAUUAUGGCAGAAAGAACUACCUUCCUUGCGCAAAAUCAAUUUUUCAAAGCGCAUGACACCACAUGCAUCGGGGUUGAAAUUUUCAGAGCCGUUGCUGCAGCUGCAACAUUGGCAUUAUGAGUAAUUUAUAAAUCAGCUGCCAACGAGAAGGGCAUGGUUGCUCCAUCAGUCAAUGAGAAGGGCAUGAUACCACAAAGCGAACUACAG